CGGACAACAACAAAAAGAACAGCCAUUCGCUGCGCUUCCGUUGCCCAUGACACCGGAGCGAAGUUCUGACAGCUGAGUCCCAAACCGGUUCCCAAAUACUUUUAGAAGCCCAGGUCCCGGUUAUUCGUCUGGAGGUGUUUUCGUCUUCCGCGCUGCGGUGUUCCUGGAGGCGGGUUUACCGGAGGACAGCGGCUGAUUAUGGUGUAGCACGGAGCGUUAGCUCGCAGAGACGGAAGACAUUUGAGCAGCGGACCCAGCGUGGUUAGUGCAGACGAAGGUGUGCCACAGCAGCUUAGCCAUGCUUACACUGGCCAGCAAGUUGAAGAAGGAAGAUGGAGGAAAGACAGGCCGUGCCUCUGGAGCAUCUGACUCCACCCACAGGAUCUCCAUCAGGGACCGCCUCCUCACCAAAGAAGUUGCAGAACUUGAAGCCAAUCUCCCUAGUACAUGCAAAGCAAGUUUCCCAGAUGAGAAUAAGCUGCAUCACUUUCAGCUGGCAGUGUCUCCUGAUGAGGGUUACUACCAGAGUGGGAGGUUUCAGUUUGAAAUAGAUGUCCCUGAAGCUUAUAACAUGGUGCCUCCCAAAGUCAGAUGUCUGACCAGAAUAUGGCAUCCGAAUAUCACAGAAAAUGGAGAGAUCUGUUUGAGUUUAUUGCGAGAACAUUCAAUCGACGGUACAGGCUGGGCGCCAACCAGAACGUUAAAGGAUGUGGUCUGGGGAUUGAACUCCUUGUUUACUGACCUGUUGAACUUCGACGACCCAUUGAACAUCGAUGCAGCAGAACAUCAUCUGAGAGACAAGGAGGAUUUUCGAAAUAAGGUUCAGGAUUACAUCAAGCACUACGCCAGAUGAUAGAUGCAUCAGCAACCCACCUCAGCCGUGCGCCAACCAACCAAACUGCUCUACCUAGCCUCCGCUUAUCUGGCCGACUCCUCCACAUGUGAAACAGCAGCGGGCUCUUUGACUUUUCCCCCUUCCCUCCACCUCCUCCCGACACCGCAAACCCCGCCUCGGCCUCCCUUCUGCUCACCAAGUUUGCAAUAAACUUUACAUUGCAUUAAUAAUAAACAAAAAAAAGUAACAAAUGCUUCAACGGAAGGACUUGCAAAAGAAAAACGGGCUUUAAUUUUGCUAAUCAGUUGAUUGUUAAAGCAGCAACAAUGUCUGAAUCAGUGACAGCGCCUCACUAAGGUGACCACGAGCCUGUUGGGAACAAGCCAUGGCUCUGUUACUCUCAGCUCUCUGUUUCAGUGCCUGCAUUGUUUGUGUUGCUUAUGAGAAAGUGCAUGGGAGUCCACAAAUGUUCACACACACACACAGAAAGACGUUGUAGAGGGCGAACACACAGACAGGUUCCUCAUUAGACAGCAUGUGAAUGGUCACUUUUUGAUGUUCUCAAAGCAUGGAUAUUAAGUCCUGUGCCUAGCAUUUAAACCACCUCCUAUAUCUUUAUAUUUUUCUCUGAAGGCUUUCUGAAGCUCAUUUCUUUUUUUUUAUCAUGUUCUUAUAACAUAGAGAAAUUAGGGGUGGGUUUAAAACCUUUGCACAGUGCUCUUCCAAGAUACGCCCUCUCACACACCACAAGUCAUAAAAAUAAUUUGUGUUUUCAGCUUCAGACACAUCAAGUCCUGCCAUGAAAAACAAAAGCCACAUGUAAUUUUGUUUGUUUUGUUGUUUUUUUCACCCACGCUCUUUACACCUUUGUAUCUCACUCACAGUGUGUAUGAGGAGCUUAUUGCAUAAUAACAGUGCAAUCCAGAAGUGCUUUCACACCUUAUCAGCAAAGUUGGCUUUGUACUGAAACGUGUUUUAAGUGAAAACAUGGGACUUUAAGUGACUGGUUCAGAUUUAAUUUUGCACCCUUAAGAAAUAAAUGGU